AUGGAAAGUAAUAGAUACAGAAACCAAGCUAAAAAUUUUAAAAAUGAACUUAAAGAGUUAAAAUCAUCUGCUUUAAGCACUGUUUAUGUUUUUGAAACUGAUAGAUUAGAUAUAACACCAUUGACUCCAAAAGCAAAAACAAAAACAAAAGAAUUAUUACAACAAAUUGGUGAAGAAGCUGAACAAUUUUUAGAUGAUUUUGGUCUUGAAGGUAUUUUAUUUAAAAAGAAGAAUGAUACAAAAGACUUCAAUUAA